AUGAACCUGGAACCAACGUAUAAAUUUGCUUCUUUCAAUUGUAAGAACGUAAAACGGUCCAUCGAUGACUUACGUUACUUGUGUAAAGUUGUCGAUAUUAUAGCAUUGCAAGAAACAUGGUUAUUCUCGGAGGAGAUGCCACUUCUUAGUACCAUAAGUCAAGAAUUCAGUGGCACGGGGGUAUCGUCAAUGGAUGCGGAGGCUGGCUUACUAAGAGGUCGGCCAUACGGAGGUGUUGCCCUGCUCUGGAGAAAGAGCAUCUUUCAAAAUGUCUCAGUGAUUGAGUGUCAUAACCCGCGUGUGUGUGCGAUUAAAGUGAUCUCAAAUGAUAAGCCAUUCCUAGUGCUAAGUGUUUAUAUGCCCACGGACGAGGCGGUAAAUGUAGCCGAGUUUACGGAUGUCCUUAGCUCGGUAAGUGCUAUAAUAGACAGUUGUGCGAUAGAAAAUACAUACAUUUUAGGGGACUUUAAUGCUCAUCCAUAUGAACGUUUUUAUCAUGAAAUGGAUAAUUUUGUAAGAGAGCAAGAAUGGUGUUGCUUUGAUAUUGAAUGCUUAGGUGUCACUUCUGAUACGUACACGUUUUUAAGUGAUGCUAACGGGUCACGGCGGUGGCUUGAUCAUUGUUUAGUAACAAAAGCCGCGGCGAAGACUAUUCAAAAUGUGUAUGUCAUGUAUGAUGUUUUUUGGUCAGAUCACAUGCCGCUGGUUAUUGAGUGUAAUUUAGAUAUGGUUGUUAGAAAACGAAUACAUUUAAAUAACUAUAAUAAUGCAGUGGUUUGGGGGGAAAGAACACAUGAACAAAUAUUAAUGUAUCAGAGAGAAUGUCAUGACAGGUUGAGACAAAUUGACUUUCCUCCUGAAUUUCGUUAUUGUAGUUAUAAGCUAUGUAGUAAUCUUAGUCAUAGAAAAGUAAUUAAUAAGCUAUAUGACAAUAUUAUUCUUGCCCUUUCGGCAUCUUCUGUUAAAACUUUGAGUGUCAACGGAGUGUGUGAGCCCAAGGAAAUUGGUGAUCUAUUUGCUAAUUACUUUACAGUUAAAUCGCCGAUUGGGCCCUCACAGUCGAGGCUAGAUGCUGUGACCCAGUGUAAAGGUGGCAUAAGUUUGAAACCUUCUAUUAAAGAAAUAGAUAGCACUAUAAAGUCUAUGGUUAGAGAUGGUGCUAUUUUGAGUCUUAAGCAUACUAUUAACUAUUAUGUUAAACGUAAGACGCCUGUCUUCGCAUGUUUUUUGGAUUUGUCCAGGGCAUUUGACCUUGUUUCCUAUGAUCUGCUUUGGAAAAAACUUGAAAAAAUCCAUUUACCACAGGAUACCAUAAAUAUUCUUAAAUAUUGGUACAAAAGUCAGGUCAAUAGUGUGCGUUGGGAGGGUGUCCUGUCGGAUCCGUAUAGGUGUGGGUUGAGGCAAGGUGGGUUGACUUCUCCCAUACUUUUUAACUUGUAUGUAAAUGAGCUGAUAGAGGAGUUAACCGGCACCAGAAUUGGCUGUAACGUAGAUGGCGUUAACCUUAACAAUUUAAGCUAUGCUGAUGACAUGGUGCUGCUUAGCGCUUCUGUCUGCGGGUUAAGAAAAUUAUUAGGUAUUUGUGAAAAAUAUGCUGCAUCCCAUGGUCUUAUCUAUAAUGCCAAGAAAAGCCAAGUGAUGGUGUUUGAGUCAGGGAGGAGGAGACUACAAAAUGUGCCGACGGUUACUAUUAACAACUGUGUUUUACAGCGAGUUAGUAAGUUUAAAUACCUUGGGCACGUCCUACUCCCCGACCUCAAAGAUAAUGGCGAUAUAGAGAGAGAACGAAGAGCGUUGUCGGUGAGAGCAAAUAUGCUGGCUCGUAGGUUUGUACGUUGUUCUCAUGACGUAAAAGUCACAUUAUUCAGAGCAUAUUGCACUAACUUCUACACGUGCAGCCUAUGGGCCAGUUUUACUCGACAAACAUACAACUCGCUUCGGGUGCAGUAUAAUAACGCAUUUAGGGUGUUGCUGGGGCUGCCUCGCUUCUGCAGUGCAUCAAGAAUGUUUGCAGAGGCGCGGGUGGAUUGCUUUUUCGCCACUAUGCGAAAGCGGUGCGCUUCUUUGGUGCGCCGGGUGCGGGGCAGCUCCAGCAACAUCUUACGGAUGAUAGUCGAAAGAAUGGAGUGCCCCUAUUUACGACACUGCUCCGACAUCUCCGCAGGGCUUUGUACCUGA